CUAUGCAUCCAAGUGUUUUUAAACAAGUUAGUGUUAUCAUGACAUGAAGAUCCUUUCUCUUCAUUUUCUCAAAUUUGAACGGAUGCAAUGGUUUCAGUUUGCUUUUAGCUUCAAAAGUUUUUCGUUUUUGUUUUAUAAUGAAUGUUAAGUUUAAAGGUUGGCUUGUAUAUGUUUAUUUGCUGCAGCAGUUUUUAACAGGUUACGCCAGUGAGUAUCAAGUAAUUUUCUCGAGUAAUGCGCCCGCUAUUGUUGGAUCUACAGUGACGUUUACCGCCGAUCUGUUCAAGAAUAAUGAACGCCCCUCCGGAAAGUUCUACUAUCAUUUUUUUGACAACUUCCAUCCUCCAAAUUCGUUUCGCAAUGAAACGACAAGCACAACAGUUCACUGGAACAUAACUUACACUGGAAGGGAAAGAGUGGGAAAUUACACAGCCACGGUAAUUGUGGAAAGCUCAAUCAUUUUCGGAGCAAUCAAGAGGAAAAUUUGCACUAAUGAGACUACUUUUGAAAUAACCAGGCAAUUGAAUGGAAACAUUGACCUGGCACAGAAUGGAACACAUCGACAGAAGUUUGUGUCAACUGCAGUUGCUGUUGAUCACCACGUGGAACUUACCGCCCCCGACCACAACUUCAUUAAAAAUGCCACAUCAUUGCUGACUUUCUGGUUCAUUGACUGCAUUUAUUAUGGCAUGACCUCUAACUUGGAGCCUUUCAGUUUCAAUUAUACUAAACCAGAUACCAAACACCAUCUAGAGACAAUAACAAUAGCUGAUUUCUCGCCAUUGCCACCCACAACUGUAGCGCCCCCCACUACGACUCCUUCACCAACUACGUCCACAACAACGUCAACUACCACAACAACUGUAACAGUGCCUACAGUUCCACCUGUAACGACUCCCGUAACAACUGAAAAGACAACCACAUCUAAAAUAGUUCAUGAAGUUAGGAGAAGGUCAUCAGAUGAUGCUUCUCAUUAUCCUGACCCAACUGCGAUAAACCAUGCAGACUCUUAUGUUGCUAUCAAUUCCUCUUCUGGCUCCAACAGAACAAUCAUAGAAAUAAAUACCAAUGAAAUAGCUGAAUUACCACACAGUACUUUCAGUCCGUCUCAAAAAAUUGAUUUGAGUGAAAACAUCAAUCCCACUUCAAGUAAUGUUACCUCGACUGUUGCUCCUAGUACAGCCAAUGGCUCAGCUACUGCUAUUCCAAUUAGAUACAAGGAGUUAAGAAACUACUUCCCAAACAUCAGUCUCACAAAUAGUUGUAUCAAGCCAUCGGAUGUGAUAGUAGGACUUAAUAAAACUUACGCUUUCACAUCUCAGACCUUUAAGACUGUAGCUCCUAUUUCAAACAUUGAAGUAACUGGAGCCAAAUGGUUGCAAGAGCAGGAAGUCUUAAAUAUAACGGUGCUUUGCAAUGGAUCUGCUGUGAUAAAGUACUGCAUUCAAAUCGUGAAUGGGCUGUAUAACGUGACAGGAAAUGAGUCUUGUUACUCAUAUAAAACAUUGCCGACAUGUCACUUCCUUUUCACGCACUGGUUUGGUCAAAACCCUUCUCCUGUGCACACGCUUUUAAUCAUCAUUGAAAAUGAGGUUACGAAGCAAGUGAAGCCUGUUGCAAUCAACAUGUAUCACGCCGUCAAGCAACCACAACUCUCUGUGAUCGUUGUUCCUAUCGUUGCUAGUGCCGUUGCUGUAAUUAUCAUUGUGUUUGGUAUCUCUUACUACAUUCAGAGUAAACAAAGGUAUCAAAUUGAAGUUGCAGAUUUUGACUUUUCGCAUGCAAGUGAUAUGGAGUAUAAGACAUUCCGAGAAAGGUUGCGAGAAGCAAUACUUUCUGCAAUCAACCGAACGCAAGACUUCAGUGAUCAGGAUAGCUCUACCUCAAGUUGGCCUCCUCCGCAGAGUCGUAAGUACGGAAGUAUGCCAGAACCUGAAAAUCCAUCUUAAUUAGAUUUUUUGGCUUCAACUUAUAUGUAAGUGUACAGAAUAUUUUCUAUGAAAUCUUAAUUGAUUCUAAACUUGACUGACUUUCAUAAGGAUGCUCGUUCCUUUUGUAUUAUAAUGGUAUUUCUAAGAAAUGAACUCAUGAUUUUCUUCUUUUUUUAUUCUCUUUUUUUGUUUUACACUAUUUGACCUUGGAAAAACAUUUUUAGAACCUCAUCUAGUUCCAAGAAUCAGUCUUCUUCCUUUUUUAAAAGCAAUGAUAAUAAUGUAAGUCCGACAAGUUAAACUCAGUAAGAGAAGUCACAAUGAAUCUGCCUCUAAUUUUGAUGGUUUUUGUCUCAGAUUUUGUCUCAGCCUUUGUAAAAUUGAAAUUGAUGUUUUAGUAUUUUUGUCAUGAGCCUUUGGAAAGUGGCCCAGAGGGUUUUAUAACUGAAGAAAACAGUACUGCGUGAUACACUGAUCGAUUAUGCUGAUUAUGCCUCGAUAUCGAUCUGGCUGCUUCAGCGUAAACGGCUGUUAGUGUAGUAGCCUACGCACAGAGCCUCUAAAAUGCAUUUGCAUUUGGAUAGCAAAGGGUUCAAUAUCCAUCUUGGUGAUUCUUGAAUUUUUUUACAAACAUCAGAAUUCGAGGCGGACCCAUUGUGACCUACCCCUGCAAGUCAAAUCAUGGUUGAUCCAUGAACAUUUUAUGAUGUAGUUAGGAGGGCAUUAAUUUUUAUUCUUUUUGUACGGCUAGUUGUCUGAGAGUCCUAGUAAUAUUUUUCUGUUUAAAGUUGCUCUCUGUUAAUCCCCUCCAUAAGUUACUGCAAAAUUUGAAAAAUUUUAUUUGUCCCAAAGUUCAUUGUGUCACUCUGAAUGUAUGCAUGAUGCAUGAUGUUCACCAAUAUAGUUGACUCUCAUUACAAUGUUCCUAAAGGGGAUUGAAAAUCCAAAUUCUCUGUCCGUAAAAAUAUUGCUUGGCAAAACAGUGUAAUGAGAGUCAAUCCUCAUAAAAGUAGACAUUAGUAUACCUCAUAUUUAAGAGUCUUUAGUCACAAAAUGUCAUAUCAUUUCUGUAUUUGAUUUCCUCUACCACUGGAAGUUUCCUCGCAAAAGUGUGUGAGUUUUCUGGAUUUAGCUACCGAUUUUAUUGAUCGCAUUUACUUACCCACUUCUUCUCAAGAACGACCUUUUGAAUGAAGUAUUGUGUCAAGUCGCUGUUAAAAAAAAUAUGCUCAAUCAACAAAAUUAGAAUAUAAUGUGAUAGCUCAAAACUAUUAAACGUCCAUUUUAAUGUACGCUUUUUGAAACAAAUGGUGUGGAAGAGCACCAAAUGAAACUUAGAUCAGAAGUCACAGUAGUGAAGCAUGUCUAUAAUGUUUCAUCUCUCAAUACAGCAGUUUUUCGAAAUUAAUUUAUCUUCCGGGCUAUUUAAGGAAAGAAAAAUACUUUUCAUUGCAAAAGGCUGUAAAGGCAGCCCUUUAAGAUUUUUCCGAACUCAAGGAUACUGCGAGAUAUGUUUAUUUUUUUCUCCUUGCUUUAUAUAGUGGUUUGGAUUGUCUAUCAAUGGAAUAAAUUUGUUUUCUUGAUUAUUCAUAACAAGCAUAUCCUUGUCAAUUCAAUUGCCCAAAAGGCUCCUUACAAUCCCUCCUGACAGUUCUUGCCACAAAAUAUUGUAAUGAUAACUCUAACAAAACACUAGCUACAAGAUGUUUUUGCUGUAUGGAAUAGAUAAAAUCUCUUGAACUAUUAGGUGAUGGUGAGUAAUUUUUUGCAAUCAAAUGUUUUUCUCUGUUUACAAUGGAAUUCGACUGAUACCAACCUUUAAGUACCAAACAGCUAACAAGAGUCGACUGUUGUUUGAUUCUACAGAUUAUACUGGUCGCUACUUCUCGGUCAUUGAUUACCUCAAUUUAGUUUUAGAUUCACCUCCAAGGUCCUCUUCUUCUUCCUCUGACAAUGGCGUGAAGCUCUGUUUGUCAAGUCAUUAUUGUAUCAGGCACAUGUGAAAGGAAACAAAUUGAUAAAAAUUGAUCAAAUCGAUAAAAAUUCGUGUUUGUCCUGUUAAACAGUCGUCAAAAAUUAAAACAUAAAACACAUUCAUUCAUCUUCUGGGGUGAAGAGUUGCCUCUGUGCCUCAAUGGUGAUUCCAUAAACAGAGAAAAAGACUGCUGCCAAGAGGAUAAAUAUUGAAUCCUCUGUUGCAGGAAAUGUCUUUUCGAAUUUACACUUGCCUGCAUUUCGAUUGCAAAAAUUAUCUUUAUAUUUUAAGAAAGGAGGAAAGUAAGUUAAUCACUUUGUAGGAGUGAUAAAACAUGAUGACUGAAUACAUACAUUAAGUUUAAGUCGUCAGUCUCAGUUUGAAAAUGUUCUUGUAUUUUGAUGGUGAAAAUGCCGGAACAAGUAUCUCGGUUUACGUUGCAGACUUCCUGUCAUGCUUUAUUUUUUAACCAUAUAAAAACUCAACGUCAUUUCUUAAAAAUGUCUCUGAUUUCAUCUUUAUGUGGAGAAUAAUCCUUGAAAAUUUCAAGCAAUAAAAUUGGAUUGUUCUCCUUUUGUCAAAUAGAAUGAGAGUGGCGAUUUUGAAACACCGUAAUCAAUACAUACAUGCGUUCCUGCAGUUUCACCAUCAAUCUGUAGUUAAUGUAAUGUAUAUGUUUGUUACUGUUUUUGUAGUUUAUUUUUACGUCUUGUAAGUUUUUCUCUUUUUCUUUGCAGUUUAAAUACUUAUCUUAUUUUUAAAAUAUACAUGAAAUGUAAGAUAAGGCUUGUCAAGUAUGGCUUUUUCUCCCUUUGUAUGAAUUAGUUGUAAAAAAAGAAAAAAAAUAUGAGGGUCUCUCUACAGUAAGUAACUUUUGAAUGUACAGGAUAUAUAUUUUUAUUUAUUUUUUUUCUGUUUGAGGAAAGUCUGGUGUGACAUUUUACAUUUUUUCCUCGUUCAUGCACAGAGCAACAGCUACUUCUGAAAAAACGAAGAUGGCAAAAUUCAAAUGGAAACCCUUUUCAGCUUCUUCUCCAUUCUUUUGCAGUAGGAAAUACUAAGAAAAGAAUCACAGCUUUUAGUCACUUCUUUUAGUGUCUUUUAUCAUAGUCUUGCUCAAUAUUUUAAUAUUUAUCAGCUGCCCUUUGAUUUUUAUUCGGUGGAUCUAUUGCCAAGAACUUGUUAGAUGAUGUCACAGAGCAUUCAAGCACUUCAGCAUUUGGUUGUAUUUUUAGGUGUUUGCUGUUAUAGACCUCUUUUAUCAUAGAAUUAAAAUGGAUCGUAUUCGAUAGCGGUUUGAUGUAUCAUUUGGUUCAAAACAAUAGAACAUAACCUCAAACCUAACUGUUAGUAUAUUCGUCAGAGAAGCUAAAAAUGAGAAAUCACGUAGCAAUUUUACUUCUUUUGGCUAAUCAGUACUCUUACGCAUCAAAAAUCUAUCAUAAAAAACGCGUUCCAUCAGAUUACUCAAUUGAUUUUUGAGGCCAUGUUUAUGUUUUGAACCAAUCAACAUCGAUACAAUCUCACCUGCUUGAUAUAUCGAAUACGAUCUAUACAGUCCUCUAUCUUUCUCUGGAAUGAAUGAGUGAGGACCGAACGAUAUUUUCUUGUAAAGAAAUUUUCUUUAAAAAGAGCUGUGCUCCACAAACACGAGAAGUUCAAGAAGUCAAAAAAUUCCUUUAAUCUGGGAAUUUUUGUUGUAAUAACUGCCAUUAUGGAGAAUGAAUACUGUGCUUACAAAAUCUGGAUAGCAUUUUGCAAUUAGGAAUUGUGUACUAUUUCUGGCUCAUCCAUAAAAGCAUCUAUUUACAUAAAGAAACUAAUGACCUAUACAUUGUUUCUAAAAUGAGCUGGAAAUAGUUGUUCCUUAUUGCAAAAUGGACUCCAAUUUUAUUUGAUGCUUAAAAACUUUUAGAUAGAAUUUUGAAUCUCUUUGACCAAUGUAUCAAACGACCCAGGCCAAAAAACGAUUUAGCGAAGCUUCAUGAAUGGAAGAAGGCUUUUUGAUCUGUGACUGAUUUAGCAUCAUCUAUCGACUCCUUAGAUGCUUGAGGAAGGUUAAGGUUUAAUUCUUAAGGUUACAUUCAAAUGUGUAUCAAAAUUCUCCUUAGAAUUGAAAAUUAUCAAUAAUAAAAAAUUAGAAGUAGGUAUUGUGAAAGGAAUUUUAUACUCUUUGUUAAUUUAGUGUUACUAAUCAAAGUAAAUCUGCAUAUCGGGCUGUGGUGAAAUGAUUCAUCUGGAGGGAUAAUAGGAUGCCUGCCAAAUCAAUCAAGACAUCAGUAGCAUCGUAUAUCUCUCCAGCUUAAUCUCUUUGCGUUUACUUUCUGAUCAUCCAUUUCCAAAGAAAAUUUUAUGAAAAAUAGUUGCUUUCUCAGAAGCGAAGCGUUGUUCAUCUACAAUGAUUUUUACUCCUUUCUUUGGGGACAUCUGCUUUAAUAAAAUGGUUUUAAAAAAAAUCAAGAUCUCUGGCCAAUUAGGCAUUCUACUAGAUUGCUUUCUGCUGAGCAUGACCUGAGAGGAUGACCAUAGUGUAAAGAUUCUCAAAAAAUUGUUAAAUACCCUUUUUAGACAACACAAAAGCAUUUUUCUGUAAGAAUGCCUCUGAAUGUGAAAAAGGUCAAAUCAACAUUUGAAACUGCCUAAGAUGUUGGUAAAAUCAACCCCACUAUUUUUGUCUCUAAAUCUUGAAUUGAGUUCUUCUGGUUUUUUUGGAACCAUAUUCAGAAUUCUGAAGCUGUUUAGAAGCUGUUCUGAAGUUGUGUCAGAUUUUUCUUAUUCAGAGAUGUGCAUGUUUUGUCCACAGAACCACAUUUUUUGAUAAUUUGUAGUCUUGAUCAUAAAAACCAUUACUUUUAGAGAAAGAAUCAUACCACGUUUUGUUAAAAGAUGCCAGGAAAUGCAUUUAUCCAUACUAAUGCAUGCAUGAAGUUUUACAUUGGAAAUUCUGACAAUGUACACGGUACCUUUUGAGUAAUGUAGCAUUUUUAAUGAAAGUUUUUUUAAACCAAACGUAUUGCACAGAAUGUCAAAUAGUUCUGUAGAUAAAUGUAUGAAACCACCAGUUCGUGCAUUUCUUAUCUACUUCAUAUAAAAAUCAAAAUUGCAGGACUCUGCUUUUAUUCGGAUGGGUCAAAGUGUAAAAUCAAAACCUAAAGUUUGAUGCUUUAUAGUUGCUGAAAUUAAAAAUUUCCUGUUGUCAGGUUAAUUCUACUGAGUAGUUAUGAAAUAUCUGAAGAUAUCUCAACUGAAAUAUUCUCUGUAUUUUUUCCUCCUCCUUACCGCAUUAAAAGCAAGUGGGGUGAAUACUUAAUACACGUGUGGUUUGAAUUGUGAGUAGAAAAAUCGAAGUUUAUUCUUUGCAAUGGUUUAUGUUAGAAACUUUGUAAGCAACACUUUCUGAAGUGAAUCCAAAUAAUGCUUCCUAUUAAGGUAAUGGUACAACUUUUUCAGAGUGAAAGUUACCAAUUUUCAUUUCUUAUUUUCAACCUUUUAUUUUAGGAUCGACUAUACUCAACAAACACUAAGUAUAGUAGGUUUGGAUUUGAAAUAAUUCAUGAAACGGUGUUUCUGUGAAGCCAAUGGAUUUUGACAAAAAGUAAUAAAAAUAAUGAAAAUCUAUAAAAGAUAUGAAUGUGAUCUUUGUGUUAAGUCUGUAAGUUCUACCAAGUUCAUUGAAAUAAAAAUAUGAGUGCAUGAUUGUAAGUUAGGCAACAAAUAUGUAGCACCAUCGGGCAAAAAUACCUUCUAAAUUUUAUUGUCUUUUGAAUGUCAUGAUGAAGGUAUGGCUUUUAACGCGUGCUAGUCUAUUGCGCAAGUUGGUCACUGACAUUGAUACGACAAUCUGUUACAAGAACUCGAUCAGAUUUGCUUUAACAGAUUGUCGGGUCACUUUCUGUCAGAACUGUGCCUCAAACUCUCCUGAAUAGAUGUGAAUUUUUCUUAAUGUUAAGCCCUCUUUGAAUCACUCAUAAGUGAUGAAUGUAUCUUUGUCAAGGGAAACUCGCAGAAAUUUGAAAAAUGAGUUUGUAGAAGGCUAUUUUUAUCCCCUGUCAACAUAAUUUUUUAACUUUUGUACACACUUAAAGGUAUUAUAAAAAGUUGAAUAAUUUAUUUUGCUCUCAGUGCGUUUAUACACACAAGAACGUACUCUUUUACUGAAUUUUCCUCAAAAGAUGCUGUGCUUUAUAUGUAUAAUACAGCUUAUAAGAACAUGAUAGGUAAUUUUUCUUAUGUAUAUUUGCGGAGGGGAAUCCCAGUGCGAUAUUUUAGGCUUAGAUAGUCCAUAAUUUUCCUUUUUUUAUUUUAAAAUCAGCAGUUCAGCGUACCCAUUUUCAGUUUUCCAAAUUUAUUUUAUCAAUGUCUGGAUGAUUGAGUUUUUAAUUUCCUAUAAGAAUUCUUUAUUUCACUGACGGGGAUUUAAAUAGCCAAAAAGCAUAGGGGAUAUUUUCUGCUGCCCACUCAUUUUAAGGAUGCUAUUAACUCAGGAAAAUUCAUAUUAGUUCAGUUAAAAUCCUCAGCUUCCUAAUUCAUCUUUACAACUUUCAAUUACCUACUGCUUGUGAUGUAUCAAAGUUUCUGUAUGUUCUGUUGUUUUAGCUGUGAAUCAUUUAAAUUUCGCCAUUUACUCUUAUUUUUUCUUUAAAUUUGUUAAAAUGACAAUUAAACUAUUCUCUGUACAUACUUUCAAA